AUGUCGACUCCCAUGAUGUCGGUAACCAUGGAAACGACCUCGGUGACACAGCAGACAGAAGAAGCCUUUUCUACGGCGACUUCAGCCGUGGACGUGUUCCUGUGCCUUUUCGCCUCUCUCCUCUGUCUCUUUAUCUGUACCGGAAACGUCCUGACGAUCUUGGCCAUACUCCGCACGGGGGCGCUGAGGACCUUCUCCAACGUCUACGUGGCUGGCCUGGCCGUGGCGGACUUCCUGGUGGGGGUGUCUCUCAGCCUCCUGGCGCUCUUCAUGAUCCCGCGUCUCCGACAGACUCUGUACUUCCAACAUAUCAAUCUGUGCGUUUUCAUGCAAGGGAUCGUCAUCGGAAUGGUACUGCUAUCAGUGGAGCACUUGUGUAUGAUAUCCGUAGAAAGGUAUCUUUAUAUUGUGAAACCUUAUUUGUACCACCGAAUCAUAACUAAAAAUGUUGUGGCAACGACAAUGGUUGUGGCUUGGACUUUGGGAAUUUUUUAUUCUCUGGCGCCACAGUUUAGUUAUAGACCAUACGGGGAAAUCCCGGUGUGUGAUCCAUCUGAAAACUUACCUGUAGAGUAUCUCGUCUAUAGCAAUACUGUUAUCUACUUUAUCACUGUAGCUGUUAUUAUUGUCAUGUACACCCGGAUUCUAAAGGUAGCUUGCCGUCAGCGGAAUGCGAUACUGGCGGUUACCGUUGUGGUUAAAGCUGACAAUUCAAAUGUUAGUCCUUGCGUGAUGGAAGAUGAGUCGGCAAAAUCACGCCGCGCUACUUUAAAGAGCGUCAAGUUCUUUCUCACUGUGUUUGGAGCUUACUUCCUCUGCAUCACUCCGAUGGUCGUGUGUAUCUGUGUCGACUAUUUCGUCAACGUCAGUUAUAUACUGUUCCGGAUUUUAAACCUGAUAGCGCUCACCAACUCUGGGAUGAAUUUUAUCAUCUACUCCAUCCAGAACAAGAAAUUUCGUCACGCGUUUCUGCGCAUGCUUCCGUGUGUCAACAAGUGUCGCCGCUCAACACCAUCUCCUUCUGUUGUCUCGGACUCUGAUAAGUAA